AUGUCGGCACCUCAGACAAUGCUGCGUCUCUGCAGCAAGAGAGCGCUCACGACAGCCUCCCGUCCGGCACGGGCACUGGCUGGCAGGCCCUUCAGCACUUCCACACCUCGACCAGCCGAGGAGAACUUCCGUGAACCACCAGCAGAUCUCUUGUCCGAGUUGCGCAAAGCACCCAGACCCCCCACCGGCCAGCUCUCCGCCCCCGUGGUAGACGAGUCCUCCAAGCACAAAGACAAAUCCGUCGCCCUCCAUCAAUAUGGCCAAUAUCUCAUGUCCUGCCUCCCCAAAUACAUCCAACAGUUCUCCGUCUGGAAAGACGAGCUAUGCAUCUACAUCACCCCGACCGGCGUUAUCCCAGUCUUCACCUUCCUCAAGAACCACACCGCCGCAGAAUACACCUGUGUCGCAGACAUCACAGCCGUCGACUUCCCCACCAAGAACUACCGCUUCGAAGUCGUGUACAACCUGCUCUCCGUCCGACACAACAGCAGAAUACGUGUCAAGACAUAUGCUGACGAGGCGACGCCUGUCCCGUCAAUUUGCUCGCUAUACGACGGAGCCAACUGGUACGAGCGAGAAGUCUACGAUCUGUUCGGCGUUUUCUUUACUGGACACCCGGACCUGAGGCGCAUCAUGACCGACUACGGCUUCGAUGGCCAUCCACUGCGAAAGGACUUCCCACUCACAGGCUACACGGAGAUCCGGUACGACGAGGAGAAGAAGCGGAUCGUGGUGGAGCCGCUGGAGAUGACACAAGCAUGGAGGAAUUUCGAAGGUGGCAGUAGCGCCUGGGAGCAGGUCGGUGUCGGCACUGAUCAGACUCCGCCCGAGUUCAAGCUGCCUUCGCCACCCCCGGAGCCGAAGAAGGAGGAAGAGAAGAAGUGA